AUGUCUUCCACUUUUAGGCAUUCUAUACGCCAUUUAACAUCGUGUGCUUCAGCAAGACGAAAACCUGGCCGUAAUUCAGUUCCAAAUAAAAAUGGUUCAUCAAACACUGAAACUGACUUGACAUUGGAAGAUGAACAUCGGUAUUCAUCGAAAAAAUCUUCGUCGUCAUAUAAUCAACAUAAUCAUCUUGCUGGACCAACAGCACAAUCGACUAAUCAAGAUCUUCCGCCUGCUUUACCACCACGUAAACCAAUGGAUAAAAAGAACAGUGUUCAAAUGUCAUCAACAACACGAAAUCCAUCUGUAGUCGAUAAUGUUUCAUUACAAAUAUCAUCCAGUACAGUCGAUGACAUAUCAUCAUCGUCAUUGGCUCCUCCUCGUGUUUUAACUAAUAAAGAGAUUAGUACAAGUUUGGUUAAUUUAAUGGGUACUGCAUCGGAUUCAAUUAGUGUCAAUAAUGUAACAAAACCAACAACUCGAGAUAAUCAACCACGUAAAAAUAGUAUAUUUGGCUUCAUUCAGCGUAUUUCUGCAGUACCUGCUACUACAGUCGAUCGAUUGGGAUUACUUGAAUCAUUAGCUAAUACUGGCUCAAAUGGUAUGGUUGAAUCACCUUCAUCACAUCGAACAGUCUUUAUUGGAAAUCAUACAACUAUGGCAUAUAAUAAGCCAUCGAGUGAAUACACAUGGUGUUCUGAAAGGUCAACUUCAAUGAAUACAAAUGGUGCCACAAGUUUCGAUGAAUGUUUACCACAACUUGAAAUCGAUGAUAAGCCAAUGAUAUAUCGUGAACAAUUUCAAACAAAAGAACAUUUUAAUUGGUAUGGUAUUAGUGAAAGUCACGGGCCUGUUAUUAUUUCAUAUAAACAUUCUAUUAAUCAAAAUAAACAACGAUCAAUAAUGUCAAUUGUUAGAACACGACAAGGAACAUCUAUUGAAUCCAUAUCAGAUAUACAUUCUUCGUGUACUCCUUUUGAAAUAUUACGUCGACUAUGUGAACAAUGUUCUAUUACAGAUAUUGAAUAUUUUGAUCCGGUGCUGUGUGAUGGAACACAUGAUUUGUUAAUAAAAUAUGAUGAAUCACAUGUAUCUAAUCAACAUAAAUUUGGCAUAAUAUAUCAAUGUGAAGAUCAACUAACAGAAGAAGAUAUAUUUAGUAAUGAAACACAUAGUCCUGCUAUGGAUAAAUUUCUUGAUUUAAUUGGUACACGUGUUAAACUAAAAGAUUUUCGAGGAUUUCGUGGAGGCCUUGAUGUUAAAUCUGAUCAUACAGGAACUGAAUCAGUCUAUGAACAAUUUCUUAAUCAUGAAAUUAUGUUUCAUGUUAGUACAUUAUUACCACAUUCAAAAAGUGAACGACAACAACUUGAACGUAAACGUCAUAUUGGAAAUGAUAUUGUUGCAAUUGUUUUUCAAGAAACUGAAACAAUAUUUAAUCCCGAAUGUAUAGCAUCACAAUUUCUACACGUUUAUCUUGUUAUUACACCAUUGGACAGUGAUGGUACACACUUUAAAGUAUCUGUUAUUCAUCGUGAUAGUGUACCAUCAUUUGGACCUAAUUUGAAUCAUUCAACAUCAUUUCAAUGUGAUCAUAUAUUUAAACAAUGGUUAUUAACAAAAUUAAUUAAUGCUGAAAUGGCAUCAUGUCGUGCAAGUACAUUUCAAAAAUAUCAAGCACGUACAAAACUGAAUUUAUUUGAAAAUUUAUAUCGUACAUUACAUGAUAACAAUCGUUUAUUAAUGAAUUCUAUUCUAUGUAAUAGUCAAUAUAAACAUGAAUGUGAUAUUGAACAACAACAAAAAGAAGAAGCUAAUAAUAAUAAUUCGUCUUCAAAAUCAUCCGAUCGUCAUUCGGAAAGUUCGCUGCUUGGUUCUGUAAGACGUCGUUUUAUUGCACCGAAAUUACGUGUACAAAAUUCGACAACAACUGAUAAUGGUAAAUCAUCACCAGCAUCAAAUAGUACGAUAACAACACCAUCAUCAAAUAAUAUAAAUGAUUCAAGAUCUAAAACACGUUCAAUGACGAUGGAUCUACGACGAAGUACAUCACGUGAAUCAAUUGCAACAAACGGAAAUAAUAUGACAAAAGUGACUUCAUUCUUUUCAUCGUCAAAGACUAAUAGUCCUCGACUCGAUAAAGCUGCAACGAAUCGUUCCCUAUUAGAUCAGGAUAAUAUGGAUUCCGCAUCUAGUUCACGCUCUAAUACAAAAUUUUUAUCGCCUGCAACAUGUCCAUCAUCGCCAUGGACAACAGGGCCAACUAAUGGUUUUCUGUCAUCACCAUCUAGUGAAUGGAAUCCUAAUGGAGAUUCUUACUUACAAGCAAUACCUAUAUCGAAUACGCCGUUCCAUUACAAUCAUAAAUUAUCAUCAGAUGACAUAGAUAAUGAUAUUCAGCUACAAUUGUUACCCGAUGAUCUUCAAUCAAGUUCAAAAGAUGAUUUAAUUAAAUUUGUUAUUGCAUUACAACAACAACAUUCACUAAAAAUAUCUCAAAUGGAUCAAAGUCAUUCAAAUGCAUUAAAACAUCUGGAAAUGCAAUUAUCUCAACCAAAAAGUCUCAUUCAACGAGAUAGCCCAUAA